UCUGCUGAGCAGCGAUUACGUGGCGCGAGAGCGGAGGCAGGACGCAAGCGCGGCAUCAUGGCGGCUCCCGGCGGUUGGUCAAGUGUGCUCUGGUGGCUGCUGCUGGCGGCGGGGAUCGCACCGCGCGCGUGGGGCCUCUACUUCCACUUGGGCGAAACGGAGCGCAAAUGUUUCAUCGAGGAGAUUCCGGACGAGACCAUGGUCAUCGGGAAUUACCGGACGCAGUUGUAUGAUAAGCAGCGAGAAGAGUACCUUCCCGCUACUCCCGGCCUGGGCAUGUUUGUGGAAGUGAAGGACCCCGAUGAAAAGGUGGUGUUGUCCCGGCAAUAUGGCUCAGAGGGCAGAUUCAUCUUUACUUCACACACUCCAGGAGAGCAUCAGAUCUGCCUGCACUCUAAUUCCACAAAGUUUUCCCUUUUUGCAGGAGGCAUGCUGAGGGUCCAUCUUGACAUCCAGGUUGGGGAACAUGCCAAUGAUUAUGCUGAAAUUGCAGCUAAGGACAAGCUGAGUGAGCUGCAGUUGCGUGUUCGCCAGCUUCUGGAGCAGAUAGAACAGAUCCAGAAAGAACAAAACUACCAAAGGUGGCGAGAGGAGCGUUUCCGGCAAACCAGUGAAAGCACAAACCAGCGGGUUCUCUGGUGGUCCAUAGUCCAGACUCUCAUUCUUGUAGUCAUUGGAGUUUGGCAAAUGAGGCACCUAAAGAGUUUCUUUGAAGCCAAGAAGCUGGUAUAAAAAAAGAGAGUAAUAUCAGCCCAAAGCGUGCAUUUCUCCCAGGAGCAGUUCCUGGCACUUCAGGUGUCUGCGUCGAUCUUCUCUUCUCUCAUUGGCCCUUUCCACCAGACUGGUUACUUGCCAGGAUCUGUGCCAUCUACCUCCCACUGUGUCAGCUCUUCUUCCUCCUUCAACAUGUCAGCCUGUGGUGAUUUUGGUGCAGUGUUUUGGCCCCAGGAAGAUGCUGCCUUCUUUCCAGAUAGUCAAGACCAGCCCCCUCCUCUCUAGCUCUAUAUUAUGAGGAUUGUGUUUUGUUUUUAUAUUUGCAGAGAGGGGAGGGAGGCACCACGUCUUCAACUUUUCUCCUGGCUAAAUAUGUUCUUCAAAAUUAGACUCUCUUCUGAAAGGUGAUUGGAACUUUGUGUAGCCAGUAUCACAGUAUAUCAAGAGCCAAGAAAACCUGCUGUGUUUAACUGUGUUGUGUAUAUGUACUAGCACUGAUUUCUAAAUACCACCAGUGCAUCACUCAGGAGAAUGUUUUGAAUGAGAAGAUCUGGAGGUUCUCCUUCCAAUUCUCCUUUUCUAUAUAUUCAUCAUAAAAUAGGAUGCAGUUUGAUUUGGGGAUUUGCUGCAAUGGAAUUAAUAGGAUUCUUUCUGAAAGAAAUCUGUGUUACAGGAUUAAUGUGCUGAUCACUGGGCUAUUAAUAAAGGAUGAUUUAAGUAUUGGAAUUUACUUAUGCUCUCCUCCUCUAGCUUGUUAAAAUUAAUUUUUCCUGUAUAUACCUACUCAGCAUUUUCUGACACAUACAGUACUUCAGUUUCUUAUUACCUUGAAUGUAUAAACAGUUGCCAGGUUGCUUUUACAACAGUGCAACUUAAAAUAGCAGCAUUCAAUGGGAUACAUGCAGCAGUAUCUGCAGCAAACUACAGUGAAACCAAAAUUAUAGCAUACAUAUGCAAGUAGGCCACCUACUUGCAUCUCAGUAUGUUUUAUUUGUACAUAAGUUGGCAUUUGCAUGUCAGCAUGACAGACAUUUCGUCAUGUCCUGUCGUGUCCUUCCAAAUGGCCAUGUAUAAUGUUUCUGCUGCUCUACCAAUAAGAUCCUAACUAUAUUUAUUUGGAAGAAAAUUCUACUGAUUUCGUUGGAAUGCCCUUCCCAAUAAAGUUGCUAACAUUUGUAGCUUAAGUCUUCUUUGGGUUUCUAUUGCCAAAUUCUUGGCUAUCUAGCAAAUUCUACAUAAUCAUUGUUAUAAAAUUAGGGAAGCAUUCCUUGUUAUCUCUUGCUCUAAAUAGGGGGAUGCAGUUUUUUGGGGGGGAGAAAGAAAAAAAUGGCUUGAUUCAGACAUUAAAAUUUGUGGCCAGUAAACUAUAUUCUGCUAUAUCAGUCAGGGAAUAAACUGCUUAAAUUCUUCUUUUCACCUUACACACCUGGCUAUAAUUUCUUAUAUCCUGGAUAGUUACAUGUCAUACUUUUAACAAACAGUGGUUCUAAGCUGCAAAGUUUAAGCUACAUUAUCUUAGUUUGGAACCCAAGGGAACCUGAAUGAAUAAAUCAACCUGAAAAAUGGAUAUACAAAAAGGAAUUGCAAAAUGAUGGAAUAUUUUAUGUUGUCAGACUAUUCAUUUUGCACUCAAAUUGUUUUGUCUGAAUUGGGCCAUUAUUUUUCGGGAACCAGAGUGAAGGUUCAGUUAUUGCUUUAUGUUUGUGAAAUGUUACUUCUGAAUAAGCUUGAAGCAUUGUUGGCUUAUGUUGACCAUCUGAUUUACUUUUUUAUCUCUUACGGGGAGUAUGGUAGGAUUGGUGGAAUGAAUGCAAGCAUUCUUGUGCUCUAUUCCUUUGUCUAUCCAUACCUCCUUUUCGCUAUAGAAGUCUGAAAGUUUUACUUGCAAUUUUGUAAAGAAUGAGCAUAAAAUCUAAGUGGAUGGUGUUUUAUUUGGCCCACAUCUGUUUGACAAUUAAUAUAUGCAUUGUUUCUGCAUAGGAUUAGAUUUCCUUAACGCUAAUGGUAGUUUAUUACCUAAGCAAACUGCAGAACUGUGUAAGACCGAGAACUAGAAGCAAUUGCAAUGAGUUCUGCAAUUCAGAUGUCACCAAAUGAAUCUAAUGAACCUUGUUUGUACAUGGUAUGAAUGUGUUAUGUAACUGGUUUAAUAAAAUGGAUGGAAUAGUGAUUUUAUUGCUGAAAUACCUGGGGAUAAACUUAAAUUGUUAAGAAACUUAAAUCAGACAAAUGUGCUCCAACUGUUUCCAAUUAUCCAUAGUACUAAAAGUCACAAAACAAUAUUGAGGAAUGGAACCCCACUCAGUUGUUUUUCAUAAUUCAGUUGUAUCUUUUGAUUGGACUAUAUGACAUGCCAAGAUUGAUUCUGAAAUAAAUCUUGGUGUACUGGAAAGAUGGGAGUUUCUUAGAUUGUAAGGAAAGAUCCCUGCAGUAUUGUUAUCCUGUUCCUGAAAUGUGGUUUGCUGAAAAGGAUGCCUUUGGAAUUGUUCUUCAGUUUUGUAAUAACCUAAACAUUUGAGAAUGACUUCACCAUUGCCAUUCAUUGGUAUAUUCACAAUGUCAGAAGGGCACUAAAUUAGUAUGUCUAUACAAUCCAAUUGAAGAGUUUUGAGUUUGGCCACCUUUUACUGCUAUACUUGAAACAAGUUACCUUAAGUGGGAGAAGAAAUAUUGUAGCUAAAGCUUUUAAGGGAAAGUGGUUAGUUUUAAUAGAUGAUCUGUCCUUAAUUUUUUGUUUUUUGAAGGUACUUAAUUCUGGUUGAUAUUGUAAUGAGAGAAAUUAAAAAUGGUCGUUUCCUUCUAAA